AUGCCCAUAACCCAAAUGAUGGUACUAAGAGGGUUGCAAGUUGGCUUUAGAGAAUACUCAACAUCUCUUGUCAAUGCGAUUUCAAAUGCUCCAACCUACUUACUCAGUACUGUCCGUUCGUUUCCUUCUUUAGAACCUCACACUGUAUUGCCUAUAUCAACAGAAUUUUUGAACAGUCCACUUAGGAGGGAUUUGCUAUGGAAAGCAGUAGUGAUGGAAUUUGACAACAUACGUGUAGGUGCUUCGAAUCCACCUGGUAGGGGUGAACAUAAGUUCUCCAGGAGAAAAUUACGCCCCCAAAAAGGGUCUGGAAGGGCUCGUGUAGGAGAUGCCAACUCUCCGACGAGACACAAUGGAGCUAGAGCGCUAGCUAGAAAUGCGCCUAAUGAUUUCUCUACUGAUUUACCGUUUAAAGUUUAUGCUAGGGCUUACAGAAUAGCUUUAAGCAGUUUUUACAUCAAGGGGCAUUUACAUAUCAUUGGAGGUUGUUCAUCACUCAUCCCUUUCAAUCGAGGUGAUCAAAAUAUACUCGAGCUCUCUACCGACAAAAAAGAGGCCCUGGAAAUUUUCCAGGCAAUUCACAAUCUAAAAGGACUGAAUAUUCUGUUCAUCUCUGAUAGCUUAAAUAACUCACAGAAUCUGAACAAAGCCAUUCAGGCUUUAAACGAUGACCAGAUCAGCCUGUUGGAUAAAGAAAAUGUUGAGGUUAGGCAUUUAUUGAAAGCUAAUAGAGUGUUCAUUGAUCAGGCAUCACUGCAGUUUUUCGCGAAGGAGUUUGCUGGCUGA